AUGAAGAUCAGCCGUCAGCAGUAUGCACUGGAGCACGUACUUGCCUCUAUCCAGCCUGUCACGAGCCUCGACCUUGACCAGCUUUGCGAGGAGCACGGUAUUACACCUUGGCCUGAUUUGAAGCUGUACACUGGGGACCGAGCAACAGCCGUCCAGGGAUUGAAGCCGCACCAAGUUGAUGAUGCUGCUGCUAUCGUCGCUCGAGGUUUCACUGAUUACAAGCAUACCUUCGUGUCCAACGACAUGGGCACUGGUAAAACCAAGACCUACUUUACUGCUAUUGAACUCACGCACCGAAAGAAGUUGAAGCAGUACCAAAGCGACAUGGAACAAUACGGCGAAUCAGAUGUCAAGUUCCACCCCACGUUGAUCUUAACAGCGGUCAACUCGAUUUUUCAGACUUGGAAGGAGGGGAAAGAUCAUUUCCCAAGCAUCAACUUGUAUGUCUACUAUGGAACUUCAUCAUCUGACUUCCCAGACACGAAGGCAAAGGUGAUUGAGACCGCGAACUUCAAAGGCAAACUGAAUACAUGGUCUGCAGCGGACUCAAACCCGGAGACAUACCCAACAUGGUCUGGGCGCAACGUACUCAAGCUAGAGCGCCCAUUUGUGUUCAAAGCGGGCAGAAAGCCAGGUCCACGACAGAAAGGGAAGCGGGUUGCCCAAUCUACCGAAGACGAUCAUGAUGAAGAGGGCGAUGUUGAGCCUCACAAGUAUCUCGAAAAGUACCACACAUCAGAGAUCAAAAGAGAUGAUAUCCGAUUCCUCACCGAGGAUACUGCGAGCGCUGCGGAAAAGCCAGAUGGCUGUCUUAUUGAAUACGGUUCCAGGCAAUCAGCUCUCGACAGCAUUGUUUUUGAGCUUGCGAUCGCUGAUGACGCCCAUCUCGCCAAGAAUCCCAACGGCAUCUACAACCACAUGCUACGACUCAUCAACUGGAACAAGCUACUUUGGGUUACUGGAACGCCCAUCUUGAGCUCCUUGCAGGACUUGAUUUCACCAUUGUCGCUGAUGUGGAACGCCUACAAUAUCGCCAUCGAUGUCAGAACGAGCCUUCUCGGCUAG